UGCUCAGUCUCUCACUGUUUGUUGUAUGUGAAAUAUUAGUCUAUUCUAUUUGUCAUCGUCAGUUAAAACAUUAUUAUUUCCUGGACUUGCUCUCUCGCUCCCUCAAUUAAUCACACUCUCUGUUGCUCCUUUUCAAUUCCUCCAUUACACUCUGCUUUAAUUUCUAUCUGAAAUGGAAAACAGCUCUGAUCAAAAGCCGACGAUCAUGAUCACCAACGACGACGGUAUUGACGCUCCUGGACUCCGCUCUCUCGUUCGCGUCCUUGUUGCUACUAACCGUUUCCGUAUCCUUGUUUGCGCACCUGAUUCUAAUUCUUACAGUGAAAAAUCGGCUGUUAGUCAUUCAAUUACUUACCGCCAUCCUAUUUCAGCUCGACGAGUAGAUAUUGAAGGAACCUUAGCUUAUGCAAUUUCAGGAACUCCGGCCGAUUGUGCUUCUUUAGGAGUCUCAACAGCACUUUUUCCUUCAGUUCCUGAUCUGGUGAUCAGUGGUAUAAACAUGGGGAGCAACUGUGGCUAUCACAUUGUUUACUCUGGCACAGUUGCUGGUGCUCGGGAGGCCUUCUUUUUUGGUGUACCUUCAAUCUCCAUUUCCUAUGAUUGGGUUGGAGGUAAGAGCACUAUUCAGGACUUCGCACUUGGUGCUGAGGCUUGCGAACCUAUCAUUAGUGCAAUACUUGUUGAGAUUAAGAAUCGAACCUAUCAGUCGGGCUGUUUUCUGAAUAUAGAUUUGCCAACAAAUGUUGCCAAUCAUAAGGGGUAUAAGCUAACUAGGCAGGGAAGAAGCAUAUUUAAGAUGGGUUGGAGGCAAGUUCAUUCUGGCAUGGAAGGAAGGAAAAUGUUAUCAACCAUGACAAUGGACACAAAGUCAGCAGUAGAAACAGAAGUUGAUGAAUCAAAUGAAUCUCAAGAACAAAUGUGGUUCAGGAGAGAAGUAAGGGGAGCCCAAGUUGAUGAUGAAGAUUCAGAUCACAAAUUUCUUCAGGAAGGAUAUAUUACUGUUACUCCCCUCAGCGCCCUCUCUCGUGCAGAGAAUAACUGCCUAGGGUACUUUGUAGAUUGGCUGCCAGGCGUGGUGGACCGCUCAUCUCCAUCAGCCUUGUAAUUUCUGGGAUCUCAGAACUGUAGCUUUGAGGCUGAUUGAAAGACCUUUCAAGUUUGAAGCACUGAAUAAAGAAAAUCCUCUGGUUUCCUUUAUGCAUGGUGUCAUUUUUCACCUGCCUCCGGCUUACCAGGUUUUUAUGCAAUUGUACUCAUUAUCCUAUUAGAAUGUCGUAAAUUCUGUCGAGGAAACUCUUAUAUUAUGAAUCAUGAUUUAGUGAAAAGCCCAUUAAUCAAUUUGAUAAUAACUCUUGCAUUUGCUUCAAGUUAUUGCAAGUUCAAAGUGAA